AUGAAGGCUAUCGUAAUCGAGCAGUUUGGAGGACCAGAGUCCCUUGUUAUCAAGGAUGUUGCGUCGCCAGAGCCGGAGAACGGGCACGUCGUGAUUCGAGUUAAGGCUUUCGGGGUCAAUCAUGCCGAAAUACAUAUGCGCAAGGGCGAAUGGGCGGAGUGGACGCCCAUCAGUGGUAUUGAGUGCGUCGGUAUUGUUACAGCCUGUCCCGGCGGCGAGUUUGCGGAGGGAACUCCUGUUGCGAGUCUCAUGGGCGGCCUCGGGCGCACCAUCAGCGGCAGUUAUGCUGAGUACACGAAAGCGAAGGCAUCAAAUGUUGUUGCACUUGGUCCAGCAGCUUCGCAGCUUGGUUGGGACCAGCUAGCUGCUAUUCCUGAAUCUUACGCGACUGCAUGGACGUGCUUGUUUAGGAAUCUUGAAUUGUCGAGUGGACAAAAGCUUUUGAUCCGUGGCGGGACGUCUGCUUUUGGCAGAGCAGCGAUCAAUCUCGCGGUCCACGCUGGAGCCGAUGUUGUGGCGACAACGCGCAGUGUGCGUCGAGCCCCUCAGUUAACGGCUCUAGGCGUUAAGAGAGUUGUGAUAGAAGGACCAAACCUAUCCGAGCGGCUCCCCGUGAAGUUCGACUCCAUUCUCGAGCUAAUUGGCAACAGCACUAUCGUCGACUCGUUGAAAAUGGUGCACCGUGGUGGCAGAGUUUGCCUGGCAGGGUUCCUGGGCGGCCUGGCUCCGGUCCCGGAUUUCAAUCCACUUCUUCAGAUGGCGAGUGGUGUUCAUUUCAGCUUUUUUGGAAGUUUUGUUUUCGGAACUCCUGAGUUUCCUUUGUCAGAUGUACCUCUUCAGGACAUUGUCAAGAUGGCAGCGGAUGGAGAACUGAGUUGUAAGCCCUGGAGGGUAUUCAAGUUUGAGGAGAUUGGUGAAGCACACCGCCUGAUGGAGAACCAUGAGGCCCAGGGGAAGAUGGUGGUGGUUGUGGACUGA